AUGUCGGAGAAGACGAGUGAUAUAUCAAAGUCUCGAAGCAUCGAGCCUUUAGAAUACAGUCCCUUGAAUGAUCCGAGCUAUGUGGAUACAGAGGAGAAUAUAUCUUUCACUAAAACGCGCCCUGUGAGCAUCAAUGUCCACAAUCUCCAAAUAUCAGCUCGCAAGGGUGCUAGCAAGAUGUUUGGGCGAAACGCUAAUAAACGGGGAAGCGAAUCAGCAAAGAAACAGAUAUUGCAUCCCAUGUCAUUCCACAUUCCAGAAAACACUCUUGCAUGUAUUAUUGGAGGGUCUGGUUCGGGAAAAACGACACUUCUGAACCGGCUUGCGGGUAAACAAAUUACAAGCUCAACACUUAUUCAGGAGGGUUCAGUGACCUAUAACAAUUCCCCAGACCUCUCGAAUAUUAGGAACGCCUAUGUGAUUCAGCAGGAUAUUCUCAUUCCUAAUCUGACCUGUUUCGAGACCCUCAUGUUCGCUGCUGAGCUGAAACUGCCCAAACUUACCUCGAAAACUGCUCGUGCAAAGCUUGUGAACGAGAUUAUCAUGGAGCUCGGACUCAAAGAGUGCCGUGACACUCUUGUGGGAGACCGUGUAAACAAGGGGCUCAGUGGGGGUGAGAAAAGACGACUCAGUGUUGCUAUCCAGCUGGUUUCCAAUCCAUCGUUAUUAUUUCUGGACGAGCCGACUACGGGUCUCGACAGUUACAAUGCGUACCUGCUCUGUGAAUCGCUCAAACGGCUUACAAAAAGACUGGACAAAACCAUUGUCUUGAGCAUCCACCAGCCCAGAGCAGACAUUUUUAAGCUUUUUGACCAGGUCUACAUUCUUAGCAAGGGACACAUGUGCUAUGGCGACACGUACGAAAACGUGUUUAAUCAUUUCGCGUCUCUAGGAUACCCUAUUCCAGAGGAUGUCAAUCCAGCUGACUUUCUUAUAGAUACGACAAGCGUUGACUCGCGAAACCCUGAACAGGAAGCUAUAUCUUCGAAACGCGUGUUCUCCAUUAUUGAGCAGUGGAAGCAGCGAAUGGCAAAGAUUAAUCUACCAGCGUAUGAAGAUAAAAGCUCCGAUAAUGGUGACGAAACCUUCCAAAAGGUGGGGCGGGCCCCUUUUUGGAGAGAGCUUCGUAUUUUGGUUCGAAGAAACUUUAUUCUCGAAAGAAGAGACCCAAUUGGCUAUGCAGCGUUGCUGAUGGAAGCUAUUCUUCUUGGUCUGAUGACCGGAUGGCUCUACUUCAAGCCAGGAAGUUCCCUAGUUGGUUUGCGCUCCAUACAAGGCUCUCUGUACACUGUCUCGUCUCUGCAGGCGUACUUAUUCCUGCUUUACGAAAGCUACCGGCUGUGUUCCUUGGACUUACGAGUGUAUGAUAGGGAACGGUCCGAGCAUUGCAUCUCUAUUCCUGGGUUUCUGCUGGCACGCAGGAUCGCCAAACUCUUCUCCGAAGACAUAAUCAUACCUCUUUUGUUUUCUCUGUGCACCUACUUCAUGGUGGGUCUUCGAACGGACUCGCCCAUCUAUUUCUUUCGUUUCUUUGCCGCAAACAUACUAUUCCAUUUGAACUCUAUGGCAUUCGCAACCUUGGCCGCCUCCCUCACCAGAGACGUCGCUCUGGCUACACUCAUUUGCAACCUCAACUUCACAUUCCAGACGAUGACUAACGGAAUGUAUGUGAACGCAAAGCAGAUGCCUGUGUAUGUCCGCUGGUGCAAGUACGUCGCAUACCAGUGGUAUUCUUAUGGACUUCUUAUUUCCAACCAAUUUACAGGCUAUCGGGGCGACUGUUUCAAAGAGUACGCUGACUCGCCCGAUGUGGAGGACAUUUGCCGUGCGUAUACGGGCUCCUACAUCACCAACAGUCUGGGCUUCUGGGAGAACUGGAUAGCGCUUCCAUUUGGUGUCCUGAUUGCAUUCUUUGUCGGCACCUUCGUGGUAGCUGCCGUAAUCUUGAAAAUAAAGCCUGAGGAUGUGACCAUGGCCAAAGAGGUGAAAGGACGCGAGUCGACGUCGGCCACUCCAACAGAAAGCGCCCCGGUACUUCCUCAGCCUGAUCAGCCCCUGGAAGUCCGCGUCUGCGACGUGAAUCUGUAUGUGAAAAACAAAUUGGCCCGUAGGGGGAAAAAACAGAUCCUGGACAAUGUGUCUUGCAACUUCCAGUCGGGAAAACUCAACAUCAUAAUGGGCCCCUCUGGUUCUGGGAAAACAUCGCUGCUGAACCUGAUGAGCGGCCGUCUGAAAUCCACUUUAUUCACCCAGUACUCAUCCUCAGGAGUGGUAUACUUGAACGACUGCCAGACAGAAUUCGAUACCAUCGGACCUAUCUGCUCGUACGUUGUGCAGGAUGACCACCAUCUCCUGCCUUCCAUCACUGUGCGAGAAACAUUACGCUUUUCAGCCCGGAUGAGACUCUCGAAAGCCAAACUGUCCUCUUCUCAGAUCAACGCAUUGGUGGACAGACUGAUACUACAGGUCGGUCUUCGGGAUUGUGCCGAUACAUUGGUUGGUAACGAACUGAUCAAGGGCAUUUCUGGAGGCGAAAAGCGCCGGCUCUCCAUCGCCAUUCAGCUUCUGUCGUCGCCAAAGAUGCUCAUCUUGGACGAGCCCACGUCUGGACUGGACUCGUUCACUGCCUCCUCGAUCUUGGAAUGCCUAGAUCAUCUGGCAAGCUCUGGAACAACAGUCAUAAUGACCAUCCACCAGCCGCGCACUCUCUCUGGUUUUGGCCGCAUUCUGCUGCUUGCAAAGGGCGGCCGUGUGGCCUUCAGCGGCACGCAAGAACAACUGGUCGACCAUUUCACCUCUAUCGGGUAUCCUAUCCCCAAGUUCACCAAUCUUGCUGAUUAUGUCAUCGACAUGAUAUCGUACAGCACGACCCAUGAGGAAGUAGAGAGGCGCACAAGAGAACGAGUGCGGCACAUUGUCGGUGCCUGGAAACCCGAAAACCUUCACAUAACUCCUCGUCGAAAGCUCACAUCAAAGGCAGACCUGUACUCUGAAUUUCAUGCUUUUGUCAAGCAGCCUGUUGAUUUUGUCACUGGACUGUAUGUGCUUACGAAACGACAGGUCCUCAGCUUAAUCCGCGAUAAAAACAUCCUGUUUGCAAGAUGCACGCAAGUUAUCGGUAUGGGUGUUAUAUUGAGUCUGUUUUUUGCAAGGCUCAAACACAACAACACCAGCAUACAGAACAGACUAGGUCUGAUCCAGCAGAUCGUAUCCAUUUAUUUCACUGGAAUGCUGAACAACAUGGCUGCGUAUCCGCGCGAGCGAGACUUCUUCUAUGAGGAGUACACCGACGACGCUACUAAUUUGUACUCGUUCUUUGUCAGCUACACACUCAUCGAGAUCCCAUUCGAAAUAUUCAAUGCUCUAGUGUUUUCCGUGUUCCUGGUGUUCGUCGUAGGUUUUCAAUACGAUGCUGGUUUGUUUUUCACCAUGGUGUACACAUCCGCUCUUGUCAUCAAUGCAGGAGAAUCUGUGGGACUCUCGUUCAACACCAUGUUCGAUCAUCCCGGCUUUGCGCUCAACGUCAUCUCCAUUAUAUGUUCCGUCGGUGUUGCUAUGGCUGGUCUCCUAGCUAUGACACUCGACAGCUUCCUGAGAGCACUCAACUAUCUUUCGCCAGCACACUAUUGCGUGAUGUCGAUAAGCAACCUCGUCUUCACUGAGAAACUGAAACUGUACUGCACAGAAGAAGAGCGCGUGAAUAAUGACCAAUGUCUAUUCAAUACUGGCAAGGAUGUCAUGGAAAGCUACAAUCUCAAAGUCAACCUCAAGCUGUACCUGAUUCUCAUAGUUAUCGUGACAAUUUGUCAUCGUUUGAUACCUUUGGCUCUUUUAAGACUCAAGCUUGUCAAAUAUUCUGUGAUGCGUCCCGGUCAUAGUUCGUCGUAA